AUGAACAGUUCUUUUUUUCUAUCAAGAAUUGAAUUCGGUGAUUGUUCCAAACAAUGGAAUCCCAUCCAACUUCAUCAUCAAUCAAAAGCGCAUAUGUAUCAAGAUGAUAAUCCUACGUUCAUUGAGACUCUAACGAUAUUCGUUAUUCGUCCAUUAAAUGAAGACAUCAACAAAAGAUCUAGAUAA